UUAUUCUUACAACUAGAAUAAGAAGAAGAAGAAGAAGAAAGACAGAAACAGAAUCUACAGAUUGAGUGAACAUUCAGUUCUCUCAACAAGCAACAGCAAUAGCAAUGGGCGCUUAUCACAACGACGCCGUUUCAUUGCCUCCUCGUUACGACGUCGUUUCUUCUCGUGACAAACACGUUCAUGAUAACGUUCAUGGCAACAUCUUCAUCGAUUCUCUGAGUUUGAAGUUCAUUGACACUGAACAGUUUCAAAGGCUUCGUGAGCUGAAACAACUUGGUUUCACACAUUUGGUGUAUCCAGGCGCUGUCCAUUCCAGAUUUGAGCAUUCUCUUGGAGUGUAUUGGAUCGCUGGUCAAUCUGUUGAAAAGCUCAACAGUUACCAAGGCAUGGAGCUUGGUAUUGAUAAAUUUGAUAUUCAAUCAGUGAAACUUGCUGGACUUCUGCAUGAUGUUGGACACGGGCCAUUCAGUCACUUGUUUGAACGCGAGUUUCUUCCCCGAGUUAUCAGCGGUUCUCAUUGGUCACAUGAACAAAUGUCGGUCAAAAUGGUUGAUUAUAUAGUUGGGGAACACCAUAUUGAUAUUGACCCUCACAUGUUAAAAAGAGUCAAGGAAAUGAUAUUGGCGAGCUCCGAAUUUUCUCUUCCUAGGAGCUCAAGUGAGAAAGGAUUCUUGUAUGAUAUUGUUGCAAAUGGACGAAAUGGAAUCGAUGUUGACAAAUUUGAUUAUAUUGCUCGUGACUGUCGAGCUUGUGGUCUGGGGUGCAACUUUGAAUUUCAGAGGAUAAUGGAGACUAUGCGGGUCUUGGAUGACGAGAUUUGUUAUCGUGCAAAAGACUAUCUUACCAUCCACAAGUUGUUUGCCACUCGUGCCGAUCUGUAUAGAACAGUUUAUACGCAUCCAAAAGUAAAGGCAAUGGAACUUAUGGUUGUUGACGCACUUGUGCAAGCAAAUGAUUAUUUGCAGAUUUCUUCUAGCAUUCAAGAUCCUGGUGAAUACUGGAAGCUGGAUGACUCAAUAAUUAAAACCAUUGAGACUUCUCCCUUGCCAGAACUGAAGGAAGCUAGAGAGUUGAUCCUGCGUAUUCGAAGGCGGGAUCUCUAUCAGUUUUGUAACGAGUAUGCUGUUCCAAAGGAUAUAAUGGACAAUUUUAAGAAAGUCACUCCUCAGGAUAUCGUUUGUUCCCAGAAAAAUGGUGGAGUUAUGUUGAAAGAGGAAGAUGUAGCUGUUUGUAAUGUCAAAAUCGAUUUGACUCGUGGAAAGCAUAAUCCUCUGGAAAGCAUUCACUUUUUCAAGGAUUAUGAAAGUGAUGAGAAAUUUACAAUUCCUGACGAGCGCAUAAGCCACUUGUUGCCUGCAUCUUUUCAAGAUAUGAUAGUAAGGGUGUACUCAAAAAAGCCAGAACUGGUGGAAAAAAUUUCAGAGGCUUUUGAAAAUUAUCAGCUAAAAACAUAUGGAAUCAAAGCACAGGUACAUUCAACACCAGAUAAGAAGAAACGCCGUUACAAUUCAUGAAUAUGAAAGCCGACUCUUAAUUAUGUAUAUGAAAACUGUCGCUUUUACCGCUACAGCUACUUUUUUGGCCUUCUUCAUUUCCUUAUUAUAGUAUAGAAGAAGUCAUCAUAUUUUCCACAAUGGAAAUAUAGUUUUGGAUCAAUAGCAGCAACUGUACUUGUUAUUUCCACACCAAAAACAAAUGCUACACUAUAUUGAAGCUGUAAUUGAGCAUACCAUAUCAAUGAAUCUAUUACUUGUAUAGCAAUUGAUUUUUUUUCUUCCAAUGGUUAGCUUUAUUUGUCA